AUGCCCAAAACCGGUACCACUUCCAAGCCCAAGUCCAAACCCGCUCCUUCCCGCCCUCGCCGUAAAAGAUCCUCCAACGAUCCCUCAGCUUCCACCGCUCACCGCCGCCGCUCGUCUCAUACGCACUCUCGGUCCGAGUCCCUCACUCCUCCUCCCGCUCGGAAGAGACCGAGCACCAGCACCAGCGCCAGCAUCAAGCCCGGAUCAAAGAGCGCGCCGUCGGGUACAGGACAUCGUUUCAAGCCUAUCUCUGGCGCGAAGGGAGGGAAGGGCGUCUCGGAGCCGUAUAGGGACAUCAAGGGACGCUCGAGGGCGCUGGAGAGGAUGGAGGGGAGUGGAGUGUCGAUGGAUACUGCUACUACGGGGGAGACGGGCGAGACGGCGGAUUCAGAGGUAGCUGAGGAGCCGAGGCGGAGGAGCAGGGGAGGGAGGAAGGAAGGGGAUGCGAGCGAGACGGAGACGGAUAGCGAUGACGAGGGAUCUGAGGAGGAGGAGUAUAGGGGCCGAAGGGGAAAGCAAAGGCACGCGAAGGAGGAUAGCAGGAGGGAGUCGAGGGGAGGAAGGAAGCUCAAAAAGAGGGGACAGCCGGACGGGAUCUCGAGCAUCAUCAGCGGCCAAAAGCUCUCGGCGGACCAGGUGACCGCUCUCCUCGCGAUGCUGGGAAAAGGGUCUGAGGCGCUGAUUGGUGCGAUGGAGAAGGAAGGGUUGGGGAUGGCUAUGGACGAAGAAGGGGGAAUGGGCGAGACGGGGGAGGUUGAUCUCAGGCUGGAGGACGAUGAGGAGGAUGAAGCGGAGUAUGCAACCAUGGCGCGAGAAUGUCGACACAGCCUGGAGGAUCGACUUCAAGCCAUCACCGACGAAAACAGACACAAGAUCGCUAGCUACAAGGCCGACUCGAUCGUCAAGAGUGUGAAAGCGUGUGUUGAGGCUCAGCGAGGAGACAAGCUCCUAAAAGAGUAUUACGACUGGACCGAAGCGGAACGGGCAUACAAGAAGAGUAUGGUCGCCGGGUGGAACGACACCUCCAAGGCCCUCAAAGAGAAGACGGAAGCGCUGGUGAAUAAAGCCAAGGAGCUCGAAGUGGCAGUGGCGGAAAGGAUGAGGAUCGUUGCUGCAGCCCGCAAGGCAUUUGCCGACAAGUCCGAGGAGCAUAGAGCGGAGAUCGAGGGGUUCAAGAUCGAGCUGGAGAAGUCCCGGAAGAAGCACGUAAAAUUGUACAAGAAGUACACGGACGAAGACGCUAUCGCCAAAGACGUCGGGAUGAGGAUCAAGGACGCGAUGAGCGCUUUUGCAGACAAUCUCAUCGUGCAUGGAGCUGGGAAGAACAAGGGGAAUGGAAAGAAGCGCAUGGCCGAGGAGGAAGACGAGGAGGAGGAUGAGGCGGAGGCGGGAGAGGAUGAUGAUGAUGAGGAGGAGGUGGAAGAGGAGGAGGAGAGCUAG